CCAAUGAAAGCCAAAGAAGAAGUAAAUGCGGAAGUUAACGCAGCUGACAGACUACACGAGGCAAAUGGCGAAGACGACAAAGUAAUCUAGUGGGACAACAUUCAGAUGCUUUAAGUAGUUGAUAAAAAAGACGACAUAUUACGACUGUUGACGACAUUUCUUGGCUGUUAGAAAGAAGGAUGGCGUCGGGCGAGGAGGAAGUUUGUCGAACAAGAGAGGAGAAGGAGCGACAGCAACAACCGGAGCUUUGCACGGCUUACAUUGUGCUACACGCUCAAGACGCCCAGCAGCUUAUUGGUCGUCAAGGAGAACGUCCCCGUCAGCCGCAGGGGGGGAUCUCCGCUUUGAAGCAGAAGGAGCCCCAGCCCCCGCACGUGAAAGAGGAAGAGAAGGAGCUCUGGAUCACUCAGGAGGGAGAGUGUCUUCUCGGGUCGGAGGAGGCUGAUCUCACCACGUUGCCAACGACCGGUGUCUCUGUGAAGACCGAAGACCACGAAGACAAACCGCCUGAGUCCUCACAGCUUCAUCACAGUCCACACGUCCAGCAGCUGAUUGAUUGUCAAGAAGAACAUUCCCGUCAGCCGGAAGGUGGGAUCUCCACUUUGAAGCGGGAGCAUCCACAGCCCCCCCACGUUAAAGAGGAAGAGGAGGAACUCUGGACCACUCCGGAGGGAAAGUGUCUUCAUGGGCCGGAGGAGGCUGAUCUCACCAAGUUGCUGCUGACUGGUGUCUCUGUGAAGACUGAAGACCAUGAAGACAAACCACCCGAGUCCUCACAGCUUCAUCACAGUCCAAGUGAGGAAAACAGAAGGGCGGAGCCUCCAAGCAGCAGCUCACCACAACACAUGACAACAGAAGCUGAUGGAGAUCAGAUAUCAGAUAGUGAGCACACGUCACGCUCCUCUGACGAUGAAGACGGGGACGACACCCGAGAAGCUUCGAGCAGCGAUACAGACGGUGAAGGUGACAUGAGGACUCACGCUGACAACAAACACUCUGGAUGCUCUAAAAAGAAGACCGGUAAACUUUUCACCUGCUCGGUUUGUGCUAAAAUAUUUGUGAAAAAGGGUGAUUUCACUCGACACAUGAGAACGCACACAGGAGAAAAACCUUAUAGUUGCUCAAUUUGCGGUAAAGGACUGUCUGACAAGCGGACAAUGCUGUCACACAUGAGAAGGCACACAGGGGAAAGACCAUUUAGUUGUUCAAUGUGUGACAAAAGGUUCAAUGACAAGCGGAUUUUGGUGAAGCACAUGAGAACCCACACCGGAGAAAAACCCUUUAGUUGCUCAGUUUGUGGCGAUGCAUUUUCUCAGCUGUCGUCUUUAAAUGCACACAUGAGAACGCACACCGGAGAAAAACCUUUCAGCUGUUCAAACUGUGGGAAAACCUUUGCAAAAAAGGUAAACAUGGUAUCACAUAUGAGAACGCACACAGGAGAAAAACCUUUCAGUUGCUCAGUUUGUGGCGAUGCAUUUUCCCAGGUAUCGUCGUUAAACACACACAGGAGAACGCACACUGGAGAGAAACCUUUUAGUUGCUCAUUUUGUGAUACAAAAUUCUCUCACAAGAUAACAAUGCUGACACACAUGAGAAUACACACCGGGGAAAAACCUUUUAGUUGCCCAGACUGUAAAAAAAGCUUCACUCAAAAGGCACACGUGCUGUCGCACAUGAGAACGCACACAGGGGAGAAACCUUUUAGUUGUGCACACUGUGGUAAAAGCUUUGCUAAAAAAGUAAAUAUGGUGUCACAUAUGAGAACGCACACUGGAGAAAAACCUUUUAGUUGCUCAAUUUGUGGCGAGGCAUUUUCUUGUAAGUCCUCUUUGAAUGGUCACCUGCAGACUCAUUGAUGAUCUCCGGUUUGUUUUUGCCCGACUUGUUCGCUGGCAGGCUGGGUGUCACAUGAGAUAUUCAGCGUUCUAACAGCGGUGUGCAGUGUCAAAAUAAUUGUUGACUUACAUUUACAAAAUUGUUUCAAUAAAACAAUUAAUUUUAUUAUUAAUUUUCUACUUUAAAAAAAAACUCAGUCUAAUUCAUUUGAAAUAUCACCCAAAUGUGUAGCUUUUACUGACUUAAAAAAAAGUUCUGCUUGCAUUUUUUUCAAGUGAAAGCAUUUGAAGUUGUUUUUUUCUGCCUUUUUUUUUGUACCAAAAAUUAACCGAACCGAGCACCUCUUAAUCACAACACAUCUAACAAACUGGCUUUCAUUUAGCGCCCAACACAGCGUAAAUCAUCAACAGCAAACACUCCUAAUGCACAACAUAAUCGUCAAACUCACCUUGUUGAGUCAUACAACGCACACCAAGGAUGGACACUUCAUACUCCACAUGGGAAGCAAGCUCAUACUAGCAAAACUUCUAGCAGUGCUCAGCUAGCUCCUUUCUAAGAAGGUUGCAUUCAAGUGCAUCAUGUACCUCCCAGUUGCUGCUGUGUUCAUGGACACUUGGGCAUCACAGAAAAAGGCUACAAAUGUUCUACUUACAACAGACAUCAAUGUUACGCAAAUAGACUUUCAGCCACCCCUCAUAUUUGACGUCAUUUUCUCGUAAGAUUAUAGCUUUUCCCACAACCUGGUUUUCCAAAAAUGUUGUUUUAGUUUUGUUUGUCAUGACAUUAUGACGUAAAAAAAACAUCUUUUUUUGCGUAAUAUUUCAACCUUAUGCUACUAAAGUGAUUUUAUUUUUCCUCAUAAUAUUACGACAUUCUCGUGGAAUUAAAAAUUGUUUUCAUGUUAGGUUAACAUUUUCUCUUAAUAUUUUGACUUCAUUCUGGUAAAAUUACUGCAGAUUUUUAAAUUUUUGCUAGUUUUUUUUUGAGUUAUUAAAUUACAUUUUUAGAAUGAGCGCUGGGCCGCAAAUGGCCCCCGGGCCAUACUUUCAAAAUUCAAGAUUCAAGAGUUUUAUUGUCAUGUGCAUAGUAAAACAGCAGUUAUACUAUGCAAUGAAAUUCUUAUUCUGUUCAUUCUCCCAAGAAAAGAAAGAAAACACAAGAAAAAUAAUAAGAACAUAAGAAACAUAAAUACCAAUAAAUUAAGCAACAACAACAGAAGAGACAUUAAUACAGAUAAAUAAUAAAAAAAAUGAAUAAAUAAAUAAAUAAAGUGGUAUGAGUGUGUGCGUGUGUUGCGUGCGGCGUGUGUGAGUGCUUCGUUGAGAAGCCUGAUGGCCUGUGGGUAAAAGCUGUUUGCCAGUCUUGUGGUCCUGGACUUCAAACUCCCGUAGCGUCUGCCUGACGGGAGGAGUGUGAGAGAGGUAUAGAAUCCACUUUGUGUCAAAAGGGUAUUUACGACAUGUCUUGAUUGAUUUAUGUCAUAAAAGUUUAUGACAUGCCCCACCCCCCACUCCCCAACAUGAAAGCGUUUUCACACCUAUGUGACAAAGAUCAAAGCGUUUUCACACCUAAGUGACAUGUUUAUGACAUGGCAAUAAAACAAUAAAACAUCAAAGCGUUUUCACACCUAUGUGUCAGGGAUCAAAGCAUCAGCAAGCGGACAUGCGGAAGUUAUAAAACAAACAAACAAUCAUAAAAUCAUUCCCACGUGACUGUUUUCUUCCGGUUGCGUGUGGGGGAAGCCCCCAUUCCCAUACCCCUCCUUUCCUAACGACCCCCCCUGAAAACACUUUUUUACCACAUUCCCAUUGAAACAAUAGAAAUAAUACUACUAAAACAGUCAAAACGUUACAACAUUAGAUACCAGUCUUUCUACUACAGCUAUUUUGUUAAAAAUUAUAUUUUCCUAAAUGUCAUGAUUACCUGUCAGCCGUCCAUCCACCAACCUUGUUUCUUCAAUAGCAAAGUACAAAUGAUACAUCUAGGCCACUCCCCCCUGCAUCUAGACCACUCCCUCCAACCGGCCGAUACAAUUACUGUUGAAAAAUCACAGCUAUCAGCUUGACCCCUUGGCGUUAAAACAGACUUUAUACAUGAAAGCAAAUAAAGGUGAUAUACCACAGAGUCAAGAAGCUGUAAAAAACAGGAAACCUUGGGACAACUAUCUUAUCACCCCCCAUGACUUAUCAACUGUGGAUCAUUACAAUCGUCUCCAAGUACCCAAAUACAAGAAUGUACUAUAUUCUAUUUAUUUAUUUAUUUCCAAACGUAGUACCAGUAUACUGCAAGUACCCAAAUACAAGAAUGUACUAUAUUCUAUUUAUUUAUUUAUUUCCAAACGUAGUACCAGUAUACUGCAAGUACCCAAAUACAAGAAUGUACUAUAUUCUAUUUAUUUAUUUAUUUCCAAACACUGUACCAUUAGACUGCUAUAUUCUAUUUAUUCAUUUAUUUUGAAACGCAUCAGUCUUUGCCCCCUUUACCUAGUCUUUGUGAAGCUUUGAAUAACAGGGCAGCACCAAGAAGUCUCUCUGUACUUAUAACAACGUAUCCUGGUUCUACACAUGACAGCUGCUGAAGCAAUAAUACACGACCUGAUGGAGAAAGCGUGCUUUGGUCGCAGAGGGGGCAGCACGGACAGGGACAGGAGCAGGAUCAAUAGACUGAUCAGGAGAGCGAGCUCUGUCCUGGACGGUCCUUUGGACUGCGUGGAGGAAG